ACGUCACAUGUAGAUAUUUAAACACAAACUGGGCGGAUCUCAAUAUUUUAUUCAUCGGUGGAUUAAUUUCACAGAAGUUUUAUUAUAUUGAACAAUCUACUAUCUUACAAAAUUUACACAAUGGCAACAGCAAAUUUGGAGGAAUGUGAAAAUAUAUGCGUGGAAUUGUUACAUUGCACACAGUGUGAAAAACGGUAUGAUCAAAGCUCACAUCAACCAAGAAUUUUACCUUGUUUGCAUACAAUCUGUACUGAUUGUUUGAUGAAACAUUUUCAAUCGAAUUCUUUAACAUGCACGGUGUGCCAAAAAUCAGUCGACAUUAAAGAUACAUUUGAAUCAUCGAAGGAUACAUUUCCAAUCGACUUCACCAUAAGAGAUCGAAUAGAAUUUAUAGAUACUUUAAAUGAAAACAAAAAUAGUAUAUGCGACUUCUGUGACGAGUCGAACACUGCCACAUAUAGAUGUAAAGACUGCGAAAGCUACAUAUGCAAAACAUGCAUUAGAUUUCACAACAAAAGCAGUAAAUUCAAGAAUCAUGUUACUUGUAAUCUGUCGGAAGCACUUGGUGUUUCUGAAUUUUCUCAUGAGGUAUUUUGUACCAAGGAUGGCCAUGAAAACAGACCACUUGAUAUAUUUUGCACAGGGGACGGUUGCAAAAGACCCAUAUGUUCUAUGUGCUUCUAUAAAGAUCAUUCUGAUUCAGGAGACCAUCAGGCGAAGAAUGUUCAAGAUGUUUUUAUAUUGGAAAUGGAAAGAAUAUUUGAUAAAUAUAAAGAAACUGAGGAAUUAGGCCAUGGAAUAAGUGAGGUGCGAAAAAGAAUCAAAGACGAGAUGUCUGCCAUAAAACAUAUAAAGGAAACAGAACAAGAUAAAUUGAAUGAAUUUUUUGCCCACUGUCAUAAAUUACUUGAAUCAAGACAAAAAGUAUUAACGCAGAAAUUAGACACCGAGAUUGAGUUAAAGUGUAAAGCUCUUGCUUUACAAGAAGAGGAAAUCGACAGUUUUCAGGAUAAUAUAUUGACAUCAAAAGUCUUUUUACAGCAAUCUUCAUUGUCAAAGAAUGCACCUGCCUUUUUAGCAUCAGUUUCCUCUGUCGACAAACAGUUGGACAAAAUUAAAGAAACAGAAUUUGGCAGACAUUCUACGCAAAUUGCAAACAUGAAAUUUAUCGAAGACAGAGAACAGUCAGAACAAAUGUUUGAACAUUUAGGAAUACUCAUGACAACGACAGCAGUGCCCUACACAUCUGAAAUAGAAAAUCCGAAAAUCAUGUACGCAAAAACAAAUGGUAUGUUUGAAGUUCGCCUGAAAGACAAUCGAGGUAGGCCGGUGAAGGAUCAAAGUAUCUACAUGGAGAUAAGCUUUUCGGACGAAAAUCAACAUAAAACUUUUCCGUUCAGUGACACUGUGUCUGGUGCUAAUGGUUGUUUUAAAGCCAUAUGCGUACUUAACAAUCCAGGAACAUAUCAAGCUGAUAUCGUAAUAAACGGGGCAACAUUCUUUAAGAUAGAUAGGAUUUCUUGUUUAGGAUAUGAUCCAGCAGAGAAUAGUUCAGAUUUUGUAUCCGAGAACCAAAUAGAAAAGAGCACUGACGAAGUUGUUUAUGAGACAUUUCACCACAAAGGUGGUAGGGAGUUCCAAUGCAUUUAUGUACAUGGUAUGAGAUUUUACCUUGAUGAGUGGGCAGCUAAUGAGGAAUGGCAACCAUUUCCACAGAGGUGGUACCAGGAGGGCCUGUUGAUUUCCAACACUGUUCUCAAAAGUUAAAACUAUAGUGCUGGUGAUUUACAAAAUACUUUGAAUAUAUUUGAACAACAUUGUCAUACUUGAAAACUCAAGAGUCGAAAAUUGAUUUUUUUUUUCAAAAUGUAACUGUAACAAAAAAAAAACUAAAUAUAAACUAUAAAAUAAUGAAAAUGUCAUUCACGAUACAUAUACAUAACCUGGUUUGUUAUUUAAUCAUAAUGUAAUUUUUGUAAACCAGAGACAUAGAAUUUGUGGACCAAGCACAAAAUUUUUUUAUAAAGAGUGUACUGGAAAAUUAAUAUUAGUAUUACAUCAGAUUUAAAGGGAAAAAAAAACUAGUUGAUUUUAUCGUAUCCCUUAUUUCUACUUAUCUCUCAAAAAUUUAGGAAUUUGAAAAUAAGAUGAAUAUUGAGAAGAUACAUUAACAAUUCUGCAAGUAAAUUCUGGUUUGUCAGGUCAACGACCGCAAAUUUCAUGGUCUAUCACGAUCUUCGCCGAUCUUGUAUCGAAAUUAGUAUAAAGAUGAACAUGAUUUGUUUCUGGUACAAGCUUGUAACAAAUGUUGAUAAACUGUAUGGGAAACUCUACAAGAUUAUGGUUAAGUUAUUUAUAAAAUGAAAAUAUAUCUCUUAAGUGGAUAAAUUAUGUAAAAUCUAUUUUUGAUAAAACUGUUAACAGUGAAAUUUAGCAUGUGCAAGGAAACGUUCAUUUGAACUUUCUGAACAUCAAGGUUAAACAAAGAAUAGAUGACCAGUUCAUACAGGAAUUGUUUUCGGAAAUCGAAAACUCAUCAGGGAAAAUUUUAUUCACUAUCUAAUACUGACUUCUGCAUCGAACCAUAUCUAACUAGACUCAGAGAAUUAAGUAGACUUUAUGUUUGCAAAAUUCUCACUUGUAACAUUAAGUUUCUAAUCGAAACGGUUUUUAAUCGAAACCGGGAGAUGGAAUAGAAUGUCAGAAAAUGAAAACAAAUGUAAGCUCUGUAAGACUGGGUUUUAGGAUGAGCAUAAUUAUAUAGUGCUUUGUUACAAUGCUGACGUUAUUGGUUUAAUAAAUACAUAUAUUCAUAAUGACUAUCUGACCAACUCAAAUAUCAACAAAGUUUAUGAUAUGUUAAAAUAUUGCAACUCAAAUGUAUUAACUUACUUUUCUAUUUUCAUCUUAAAAGUAGAGAUGUUGUUUUCUCUCUAAGUGAUCACCUGUGUAUACACUUUUUAUUACUAUCCCACUGGUAAAUCUAAUGACAAGAUAUUACCUUUCUUGUAAAAUACAGAAAUCUUGAUCUUUUCAAUGUUUGUCUCGUGUUAACAAGGUCGAUAUUAAUUAUAAAUUCACAAGAAAACGUUCUGGUAAAUAGUUACAAUAAAAUGUAAUUGAAAUAAAAACCAAAUUUUUAUAUAAUGUUAUCAUUUCUCUCAUUAAGUAGCAAACGACAAGUACACCAGGCUGCAGGAGCUUUGUGUUAAAGUUGUUUAAAAGGAUGCUUUGGGAAUACAUUUCUGGAGAACAUGUACCAUCUUCAAAUUAUUUUUUACUGGCUGCACACCUACCUAGAACACGUCAAUUAUCCGUAUAUGUAUGCAGCGAGACAAGAUAAGUUCAGGGAAAAAAACCACUGGAAUUUAUUGUUAUGAAACAAAGAUUGACAAGUUUGAAAUUAUGUUACUAUGCAAAUUCAAACGGAACUUAUCCCGAUGUAAAGAUUGAAAGUGAAUAGAUCGAGAAGACCUCAAAUACAUGAAC